AGUAAUGGGACAUACUGGGGCCCUUUGCCAAAUAAAGUGUCCCAAUGAAUUGAAAAGAGAAGCUAUACAAAAUCAAAACCCUUCCAAUGGUUUAGCUAAUGAUAGUGAGCUAACUUCUAGUAUCAUAGGUCCCAAAUGUACAGCUGAAAUCAUCAUUGAAGGAAAGCCUUGUAUUUCCCUUCUUGAUUCAGGGUCACAGGUGACAACUGUGUCCAAGUCUUUUUAUGACACUUACUUAUCAUCCUGUCCAAUCCUUUCUUUAGAAAAUCUCAUUGAGGUUGAGGGAGCUGGGGGGCAGACCGUGCCGUAUUUGGGCUACAUAGAAGUUGACAUGCAUUUUCCUGAAGAUAUCACCGGAAAAGCUGAAACUGUCACCACACUAGCCCUUGUCAUUCCUGAUUACAAAUUCAAUCUUGAAAUCCCAGUACUUGUCGGCACUAACACUCUUGAUAUCUUGUUCAGAUCUUGUGCCACAACCAGAAAUGGCCAUACUGUUCUUAAAGGACUACCUCCAUACUCCGCUUUAGUCCAAACCCUGUUGCGCAGACACACCAUUGAACAACGAAAUGGAAAAGUGGGCCAAGUCAAACUGAACGGGAGACAGAGCAUCAAAAUACCUGCUGGUCAAAAGAUGGUUUUGGAUGGAUACGUGAGGGGCGUGUCUACAGCCACAAAUGCAUCCCUUGUGGUGGAGCCAUGCGCUCACUCCAACCUUCCUAGUGGCUUACUUCUUUGCAGUUAUGUCCUCACGAGUCCUAGAAGAACGUCAUUUAAAGUGCCUAUUCUUCUUCAGAACGAAACUGCCCACGAAAUAACACUUCCAAGAAAGUGCUGCUUAGCUGAGCUUUAUGUUCCAUCUGUUCUUUCAUCACUGAAGGAGACUCCUGUGGAAGAGAAAGAGUCAAAAUUUCUUCCCUCUGCAGUGGUUAGCUGCAAUGCCAUGUGUUCCACUAACCAUGAUAAUAAGAUCUCUUUUGAUUUCACCAACUCACCUCUCUCUGAAGAGUGGAAAAACAGGAUUACAGAAAAGCUUAAUUCCAUUUCUGACGUCUUUGCAACAAAUGAUCUUGAUUAUGGACAUACCACAGCAGUUAAGCACAAAAUUCGCCUUUUUGACCCAACCCCUUUUAAACAACGGGUGAGACCUAUCCAUCCUUCUGAUUAUGAGGCUGUUAGAUUACAUUUACAGGAACUCAAAGAAGCAAACAUCAUUCGGGAGUCUGAAAGUCCAUUCGCCUCACCCAUAGUGGUGGUAAAAAAGAAAAAUGGGUCCAUCCGCCUCUGUGUAGAUUAUCGGAAGUUGAAUAAUCAAACAAUAAAGGAUGCCUAUGCACUGCCCAACAUUGAAGAGACGUUCUCCGCCUUAACAGGAUCUAAAUGGUUUUCAGUUAUGGACUUGAAAUCAGGGUAUUAUCAAGUCGAGGUAGAAGAGGAGGACAAACAUAAGACAGCAUUUGUGACACCAAUGGGUUUCUGGGAAUUUAACAGAUUGCCACAAGGGGUCACAAAUGCACCCAGCACUUUCCAACGUGUCAUGGAAAAAUGUGUGGGCAGCCUGCACCUGAAAGAAGUUCUUGUCUUUCUUGACGAUCUAAUUGUUUUCUCAAACAGUCUGGAGGAACAUGAAGAACGCCUCAUGAGAGUCUUAAACAGAUUAAAAGAGUUCGGUCUUAAGCUUUCUCCUGAUAAGUGUCAUUUCUUCAUGAAAUCAGUGAAGUAUCUUGGCCACAUUGUUUCGGAAAACGGUGUGGAGACUGACCCAGAUAAAAUCUCGGCACUUACUACCUGGCCGAAACCCACUAACAUCCGUGAACUGAAAUCAUUCUUAGGAUUCACUGGGUAUUAUCGGAGAUUUGUCCGGGACUACUCAAGGAUUGCCAAGCCUCUAAAUGCACUUACGGCUGGUUAUUGUCCACACCGGAAGAAAAAAGAUUCCAGAUCUCCCUCAAACAUUGACUUUAAGAAGCCUUUUGGUAGCAGGUGGACACCAGAGUGUGAUGUUUCUUUUCAGACUUUAAUUGAGAAGCUCACCAGCGCUCCAGUGUUAGGGUUUGCAAAUCCUAAGUUGCCGUACAUCCUUCACACAGAUGCCAGCCUGCAAGGCCUGGGAGCUGCCUUAUAUCAAGAGCAAGAAGGACAUCUGAGGGUUAUCGCAUUUGCCAGCAGGGGGCUAUCAAAUUGUGAGAAACGUUAUCCCACCCACAAGCUGGAAUUUUUAGCCAUGAAGUGGGCCAUAACUGAAAAAUUCUAUGAUUACCUGUAUGGAGUGGAGUUUGUUGUCAUGACAGAUAAUAACCCACUGACGUAUAUAUUGACAUCGGCCAAGCUCGAUGCUGCUGGACACCGUUGGCUUGCUUCUUUAUCAAAUUUCAAUUUCAGCCUUCAAUAUAGAGCAGGAAAGAAAAACCUGGAUGCCGAUGGACUGUCCCGUCGACCACACCCUCAAUCAAAUGCAGAUUUCAGUUGUGAAGCUGAAGAUGAUCGUGUUUCUCAAUUCCUUGCUCAGUUUAUGAGAGAAGGGAAUGGAACCUCAUUUCCAAGUGAAGCAGUGAAAGCCAUUGGCAGGAGACAUCAGUUGCAUGAGCUUGAAAGGGAGGAAGGAGAAGGAGAUCCGAUACUUACUGCUGUGGAGUGUUUGGCCAUGAAUGCUGAUGCCAUUCCAACUGAGUUUGUGCAGGCAGAUUUACUUCCUGGGUCGAGCACUCUCCCCAUGAUGUCACCGCAAGAGUGGAUUGCUGAACAGUCACAGGAUCCUAUGAUAAGCAGAGUGAUUGAACUUUUAAAAACUGGCAAACGACUCUCUUACCGCGUCAGACGUAGAGAACCCAGAGAAGUGCAGUUGAUGCUCAGAGUUAUGGGCCAAUACACCUUCAUAGAUGGAGUACUAUACAGGAAACGUACUGACCGAGGAAAUCAGUUCCAUCAACUUGUCCUUCCACAGAAGUUCAGAGAAAUUGCACUGGAAGCCCUGCAUGAUUCAGUAGGUCAUAUGGGAGGAGAGCGUACUUUGGAUCUGGUCCGCACCCGCUUUUACUGGCCAAGGAUGUUUCUAGAUGUGGAACACAAAGUCAAUACAUGUGAAAGGUGCAUCAGGAGAAAAGCCAAAGCCCAAAGAGCAUUCCCUUUAGUUAAUAUAGAGACCAGCAGACCUCUAGAACUUGUCUGUAUGGACUAUCUCUCUCUCGAACCAGAUGGCCGUGGUACAAAGAACAUCCUCGUUAUCACGGACCAUUUUACUAAAUAUGCAGUGGCAGUCCCAACAUCUGACCAAAAAGCCAAAACCGUGGCUAAAACUCUGUGGAAUAACUUCUUUGUACACUACGGGAUCCCAGAACGUUUGCACAGCGAUCAAGGACGUGAUUUUGAAUCGGCUGUAAUAAAAGAUCUUUGUCUCUUGUUAGGGAUAAAGAAGACGCGAACUACUCCUUACCACCCGCGUGGAAAUCCCGUAGAGCGGUUCAACCGCACACUGCUUCAAAUGCUUGGAACCCUUCAAGAGGAAGAUAAAGUGAGAUGGCGUGAUCAUGUUCAACCACUGGUACACGCCUACAACUGUACCAAGAAUGACACAACUGGUUUCUCUCCUUACCAGUUAAUGUUUGGGAGACAGCCAAGCCUUCCCAUUGAUGUGGCUUUUGGUAUUCAACCAGAAGGAGGAAAGAAAGUUACUUUCAAUGAGUACAUCAAGAAGCUGCAGGAAAGUUUACAGGAAAGUUACAAGGUUGCUGUUGAGCACAGUAAGAAAACAGCCCUUCGUAACAAAGAGAGAUAUGACCUGAAAGUAAGAGAGUCUACCUUGCGUGUGGGCGACCGUGUCCUUGUGAAAAAUGUGGGCAUAAGAGGAAAACAUAAGCUUGCUGACAAAUGGAGUAAUACAGUCUAUCAAGUGGUCAAGCAGAUAAAUGAUUCACCUGUUUAUGUAGUAAAGCCUUUUUCCGCAAAUGGCCCUGAAAGAACUCUUCACCGAGAUUUGCUUUUGCCCUGCGGAUUUUUGACUUCCUCAAAUUCAUCAGAUGAAAUUGACAAACCUGAGAGUGAGGAAAGGAUCCCUUGUCCUGGAGAGACAUUUGAAAUGAUUGAAUCUGACUUUCCAGGUGAAACUGUCCAAGAAUCAGUCCUAGACCAUGAUGCAGCAUAUGUAGAUUAUUAUUACCCCCAAGCCACACCAGACCCACCAUAUCCUACCAUUACCAUUAUUCGAGAAUUACCUUACAAAAACUCCACAGAUGAGGAUACCAGUCUGACCACACUGAACCCUAAUGCAAAGCCCUUUGAACCUUCAGAAAACAGUAAUGAUGUGUACUUACCUGAGGAAACCCUGAAAAAAAACAAUUUGUUUGAAACAAAUACGGAAAACUUACCUGUUGAGAGACUGGUUCAAAAAGUUGUGGAUGCUGAUGAAGAAAGUACGGAAAACUUACCUGUUGAGGAACUGGAUCCCAAAGUUGUGGAUGCUGAUGAUGCGUCUACUGGAGAGCUGAUCCUAAAUAGUACUGAACCUGUUGAACAGAAACAGGAUGAAACAGAAAAUAGACCAGAAAAUUGUGAAACUGUAAAUGUGGACACUGAGGAUGAGAACAAUGAUAUACCUGUUCCAGAAGUGCCAGAACUCAGACGUUCUGCAAGACAUAGGGAACCACCUGACAGAUUAAACUAUAAGUCAUUAGGAAGUCCCUUAGUGCUAGUCAUGCAUUCCCUACUAAGUGGGUUAGACAAAGCAUUUUCUCAGGCCCUUGAACCAAAUGAUUUCCCUGAGCUUAGGUUGUUUGCUCCUGAUAAAUCAAUUAUUAUGUAGAUAGACUACAUGCGAGGACGCAUGCAGGUUCAGGAGGGGAGGAUGUAACCCCUUUAAAUUGAACACUUGAACACUUCUUUCAUGUGUAAUUUAAUUUGUGAAACAUUUUUUGAUUUGUACAUUUUCAAAGAGACUCAUGUAAUUGGUGCAGUACCAUUCCCGCCCACUAGAGGGCAGUUGACUUAAGUGUAUUGAGUGAACUGGCUGCUUUUAGUUCAAAUGAAGAAGCCAGCUGGACAUGCAUCCAUGAGGUCGGAGUGAUGUUCCAGAAAAAUCACUUAAUCUUGAUAUUUUUUAUGUUAAAAUGUGUUAAUUCUCUACUUAAUGAUGUUAUAAAUCAUUCAGGUUGGAAAUGCAUCUCAGAUCUGGUGAAAGAUUUGAUUUUUUUCGGUUGAUUUACCGUGUUUCUUUAUGAGAACUCUGAUUGGGUUUUAUGAGUGGAUUUUGAUUCUGCAUCGUGACCUACUUUUGAUUGGCGAGCCAGAGCCCUUUUUGAUCUACACACGUGGAGUGAACCCACGCCCCCUUGUGGAUUUACGGGAUAUAACAGCUAAGCUGUGAUCUCACACACUUUGUACACACUACCCGGGUAGAAAAAUUUACAAAAAGGCCUUUACACACAUUCACAUUGAGAACUGUUUCAACACACAUGGAUAUCUGAGGACAGUAUAUAUACACAGGAUACAAGAGACUUUGGGACAUUUAAUUUUAUUUUUAUUUCCACUUUAUUCUAUCUUGAGCUCAAUAUCAAGCACUUUCUCCCACCCUUAAUUGUGGUAUUAAGAGUAUCUGUUUAAAUUGUGGGAAUAGUUAUUUCUAAAGUUUUUUUUAUUUUCAAUUAAAAUGCCGGCUGUUAAAUUUCAUUUAUAACUUGGCUCAGUGUCAUUCUAUCCUCCUUGAGUCGAACCUAAUUCACCUGUGAACUCUUGAGUACAAAUUCUGUUAUUCUUCUUUGUACAGU